UAGUUUCCGGUUAUGUUGCAGUUUCCGGUAUUGUUCGAAGUUUCCGGUCUCCGCGGCCUGGAGUAAACGCUUUUUUGGCCGCUUCUUCUGUGGCAGUCUUUUGUUCUCUCUGUGACUGAGACUCCCACCUCGGACAUGGCUUCUUCUAGAGCUUCGGCAACGGCGACCAAAACCCCUACCAGGACUCCUGAAGACACAGCUUCCCCUGUGGUAAAGAAGCCUCAUAUCUAUUAUGGCAGUUUGGAAGAGAAGGAGAAAGAGCGUCUUGCAAGAGGGGAGUCGGGGUUGUUGGGAAAAGAAGGAAUUAAAGCUGGAAUUGAGGCUGGAAAUAUUAACAUAACUUCUGGAGAGGUGUUUGAAAUUGAAGAACAUAUCAGUGAAAGACAAGCAGAAGUGUUGGCUGAGUUUGAGCGAAGGAAACGAGCUCGGCAAAUCAAUGUCUCCACCGAUGACUCAGAAGUCAAGGCUUGCCUUCGAGCCUUGGAGGAACCAAUCACACUCUUUGGAGAGGGCCCUGCUGAACGGAGAGAGAGACUGAGAAAUAUUCUCUCUGUGGUUGGCACAGAUGCCUUGAAAAAGACCAAAAAAGAUGAUGAAAAAUCUAAAAAGUCCAAAGAAGAGUAUCAACAAACUUGGUACCAUGAAGGAUCCAACAACCUUAAGACUGCUAGGUUAUGGAUUGCUAAUUAUUCACUACCAAGGGCAAUGAAGCGCUUGGAAGAAGCUCGUCUCCAUAAAGAGAUUCCAGAGACAUCUAGGACAUCACAGAAGCAGGAACUACACAAAUCUCUUAGGUCUUUGAAUAACUUCUGCAGCCAGAUUGGAGAUGAUCGGCCCAUCUCUUAUUGUAAUUUCAGUCCAAAUUCCAAACUACUGGCCACAGCUUGUUGGAGUGGACUGUGCAAACUGUGGUCUGUUCCUGAUUGCAGCCUCUUGCACACCUUAAGAGGCCAUAAUACUAAUGUAGGAGCAAUUGUUUUCCACCCCAAAUCCACUGUAUCCUUGGACAAGAAAGAUGUCAACCUAGCUUCUUGUGCUGCUGAUGGGUCCGUAAAACUGUGGAGUCUGGAGAGUGAUGAGCCAGUUGCAGAUAUUGAAGGCCAUUCAGUACGGGUGGCGAGAGUGAUGUGGCAUCCUUCAGGACGUUUUCUGGGCACUACGUGCUAUGAUCGAUCCUGGCGCCUAUGGGACUUGGAGGCCCAGGAAGAAAUUCUACACCAGGAGGGCCACAGCAUGGGAGUAUAUGAUAUUGCCUUCCACCAGGAUGGUUCUUUAGCUGGCACUGGGGGACUAGAUGCCUUUGGUCGUGUAUGGGACCUCCGCACAGGACGAUGCAUCAUGUUCCUAGAAGGCCACCUGAAGGAGAUUUACGGCAUCAACUUUUCACCAAAUGGAUACCAUAUUGCAACUGGCAGUGGUGACAAUACAUGCAAAGUGUGGGACCUGCGGCAGAGGCGUUGUGUCUACACCAUUCCUGCCCACCAGAACUUGGUAACUGGAGUCAAGUUUGAGCCUAUCCAUGGGAAUUUCCUACUCACUGGUGCCUAUGACAACACAGCCAAGAUCUGGACACAUCCUGGUUGGUCCCCACUGAAGACCCUGGCUGGCCAUGAGGGGAAAGUGAUGGGUUUAGACAUUUCCUCUGAUGGUCAGCUUAUAGCCACUUGUUCCUAUGACAGAACCUUCAAACUCUGGAUGGCUGAAUAGAUUCAGUCUGUCAACAUGAUUCUCUAAUUUAGAUGUUUAGUCCUAAGCACUCUGGUCAGAAGAAGGGAAUCUGGAAAAUAGGGAUAAUUAUAACAUCUGCCUAACAGGAUUGUUGUGAUGCUCAAAUGAGAAACAUUUGUAAAGUGCUUUCUAAACCUUAAAGCCCUAUAUAAAUGAUAGCUAUUAUUAUGUUUUCUUAUAUGUGUACAUGUUGUAUCAAUAGAACUGGUGUUCCUUGAGCACCAGGACUGUUUUUCUCUUUUGUCUUUUAUCUUUAACCCCUAGCCCUGUGCUUUUCAUAGAGUAGGUGCUGAAUAUUGUAUAUACUUUAUUUUUCACCUAUUUGGGGUUUUCUUAGCAAAUAUGCUGGAGUGGUUUGGCACUUCCUUCUCCAGCUCACUUUACGGGCGAGGAAACCGAGGAAAAGAGGGUUGAGUGACCUGCCCAGGAUCACACAGCUGGUAAGUUUUUAAGGGCAGAUUUGAGGCCAGGAAAAUGAGUCUUACUGACUCCAGACCCAGCAGUCUCUCCACCUACCUAGCUGAAAUAUAUGCUUAUCCAGUUUUUACUCUUGGGCAUUGUCAGGAAGCCAGACAAGUAGUCUUUUUGACAAAAAGAUUAAAGCAAAUGAUAGCUCAUUAAGGCAAUGAUAGAUCAUGGAGAAAGCCAAAGAAUAAGUUGGUAAAGAAAAUUAGAUGCAUUUCAAAGUUAAUGAUGAUAGUGAUAACCAUGUGUCUUGGGAUGAAUAUAAAGUGAAGUUUUUGCCAAGCAAAAACCAUGAUAAAAAGAGGUCCCAGAAAAGAUUAAAAAAAAAAAGAGGAACUGAAAAUUGAUGAAGAAACAUCUGAAGUUCUUGACCUCAAAAAUUGCUGACCUACUGUUAAGUGAGGACUUGUUCAUUCAGAACUUAAUAGGGGGAUGCUAAAGCCUGGCCUUGGACUGGGAUGGUGAUAAAAAAGUUUUUGUCAGCUUGUUUCCCUACUUGUGGGUAAAAUUGAAAACCAACAGAUGUAGGACAUUGGUGAUGAUUAGGUGAAAGAAAAAAAGACUGAAGAAGUAAUUGUCACCAUGAAAGAAGUAGAGAAAUACAUGGAAUGUAUUACUAUAAAUGAAUUUACUCCUCAAUGAAGUAGAUGAUACCAUUUGAAGAUAGUAACCAGAACCAUCACUUAGAGAUGGAGGAUAUCCUGAAAUAUGGUAAAUAUUUCCCUGGUAGCAAGUUUUAAUGGACUAUGCUCAAAAUAGUCACAAAAAGUUCUGAUAACAUGACUUCCAUAGAGCUCUAAAGCACCUUAUUUUCUCAUCUUCAGCCCUGCCUCUGUCCUACAAAAGGGGAAAAAAACCUUGCUAUUAUUUGUGUUGUAUAUGUGCAGCAUGUUCAUAAACAGAAAGACUUUUGUCCACCUAUAAUUCCCAAUAUCUACUUCCAAUUAUACUGCACAGUUUCAUCCAGAUCAUAGUGUAGUUCUGCUUACCAUGCAAUGGGCAAUUUGAAUAGAUUCCACAGAAGUGGAGGUGGAUUUCUACAGUGUCAAUCAUCAUGUCAAAUCUAUGAAUAAUCUGAAUGGGAAAGGGGUGAGGCAGUCCACUGUUUAGGGCAGAACAAAACUGAACUUUUUAAAGGAGGGUCCAUGCUGAAUUGGCAAGAGGCAUAUGGGAAAGUAUAGGGUUUCACAACUAAAUGUAAAUAGCAUCAAGUCGGUCUACUAGGUGCUUACAAACUGCCCCAGUAUUAUCUAAUAUCAGGGGAAAUUCAGACUUAGACAAUCCAUACUCCAUCUAGAGCCUGAGUCUAAAAAUUUGAAAGGCCUCUCUUUUAAUGCUUUCUCUAGUCACAAAAUGUGAUCCUUGAAAUUUGUCUAUGUUAGAGUAACAAUUUUAUAAAAAGCAGCAUGAUUUCCAAUGUAAUUUGUAUGUUUUUUGGAGUAAUCCUUAGUGAUCAAAUGUGGCCACCAAUGUGAUGGAGAGCUCUUGUUUUGAGGGGAUGGACUUUUCCUUCUCUCUAUUGUUAAAUCCACCCCACUUAGAAUAGACCCAUCAUAUUGAUUCAGAACAAUCUCCUCUGCCCUUCCCAUUACAUUAUUUUGUUCCAGAAGGCAUUUUUAUUUUUCAAAUUUAUAAAAAAGCACCCCCCAAAAAGAAAAUAUAUGCUAAUUAAUUAAAAUCGAGAACAGGAAAUUACAUCAGAGAAACAGUAGUUGAUAGUUAAUGUGAUGCAGUAGAUAAAGAGCAAGCCUUUGAGUUAGGGUUCAGAUACCAUUUGUGACAUAAUGUGUGACCCUAAGCAAGUCACUUAACAAGGUUAAUUUAGUAUUCUAAAUAAUUUUUUAAGAGUAUAAAUUGCAAAACACAUGCAGAUAUAUAUCAGUACAGGAAUUUUUCUCCCUAGGAGUUCCACAUAUCAAUUAGAACAAGAUUUGACCAAAAAUAGUAAUAAAUUCUUCAUCACAUUUAAUGUUAGAGUAAGUUAGUAAAAUAAUGUGAAAAUGAACAAUUAUGAAAAACUUAGGAAUUCUGAUAAAAGCAAUGACCAACUGAUUCCAAAGGACUGAUGAUGAUCUAUGCUUUCCUCCUGACAUCUGACAGAAGGGUAUUGGACUAAUAUGUAGAAAGACACACAUUUUAGUCAUAGCCUACAUGAGAAUUGGUUUUGUCUGACUAUACUUAUUUGUUACAAAGGUUUUCUUUUUUCAGAGGGAGUGGGGUGGGAGUGAGAAGGAGAAAAAAAAUAAAUGUUAAUUGGAAAAGUAUCAAUAAAAAGAAUUGUAAUGAUUGAAAUUUUGGAGAGGCAAUAUUUCUUAAUUUUAGAAUUGUUUAUUAACUAACUGCUCAAGAAAAUCUAAAGUAGCCAAUAGACAUUUUUCCACAAACCAAAUGGGCACCAAUGAGAACAAGAGGGACAAAAGAGACAUGAGCCAAACAGGAGCAGCUGGGCAAGAGAGAACUUGAGAACUCUGCUGCAAGUUUUAUAUACCCCUUGUGACCUCAUCAUCCAGUCCCUCCUCUGAGCCUCCCAACAUAUCUCCAACUCCAACUCGUCUCUCAAUCUUUCAUCACAGGAAGGGGAAUGUCCUUAUUGAGAUCAGAAGACUCCCAACAUGUUCUGCCACUUGGUUGACCAACUUGGCAGCUAGUGUGCUGAUUUAAUCUUUCAAGUGAGUCUAGUGUUGCUGGACCGUGCCCCUAAUCCUGUUAUCCUUCCAGCUAAACAUUGAAGGGAGAUAUCAACCUAACUCCAUAUCUUGGGGGUGGGGGGAAACUAUAACCUCGGCUUAGAAUCAGAUGAUUUUUCAGGAGGAGCUAAAGAGAAAGUUAUUUCACAAAAAAUCUCAAUUUAAUAUUAAUUAUUUUACAGAAUGAUUAGUUAAUAGAGGAACCAUGUUGUAGAAUCUUUUCUCUUUGGAGACCUAGAAAAACAAGACAAUCUAUUAGUAAUUAGGCAGAGGAUUAGGGCUGCCAGGAUGUUUAAAAAAAACAUUUGUUAUAUUAGAAUACCUAGUUUAUUGCCUCUCUUCUCCCCCUCCCCAUUACAGAAGUCAUAAUUUGAAAAAAAAAAUUUGUAUAUAUAAAACUAUCAGUUAUUUCUCUGGAAGUGGACAUAUAUAAAUCAUUCCUUAACCAAUAUUUAUUUAACCAAUAUAAUGUUCUCUUGGUUCUGCUUGGUUCACUCUUCAUCAUUUCAUGUAGAACUUCCCAUGUUUUUCCACAAUUAAUCUGCUUGAUAUUUCUUCUGAGGUAGUAAUAUUCUAUCACAAUCACAUGCCACAACUUGUUUAUCAAUUUCCCAACUGAUAGGCAUCCCUCCAAUGUCUAGUUGUAAUUAUUUUGGAGUUCUGACAAUUUAAUUAUUAAUCACUAAUUAGUCAGUGAUACAUACUCUGAUGCCUCAUCAUGACAUGAGGUAACCCUGGGUCCUCAAAAGCUCUGGCUAGUAGAAUAUAGGCUCUGGCAGGAAAGGCUCUGUCAAGAGAAUAUGAAUAUUGUCUAAUGACCAUCUGGGCCAAUUAUAGAGAGGCACAGUACCAGUGGGAUGAAUGCUAAGGUUGUAAAAAAACAACAAAAAGCCAGCAUUAGAGUGAACUCCAUGAUGGCCAUUGUUUUGUGUGUCUGUAUGUACUCUGUAGUUAGCCAUGUCCUCUGAACAUUUGAAAAGGUAUAUUAGAAGACAGAUAAUUAUAUUAAUGGCUCUUUUAGUAUAGUGAGCUGAACAAAAAUUGACCAUAAUUACCUGAACUGAAAUGGAACAAAAUAUAGAAGAUGAAAGUUGUUGUGCUGCUGCUUGUGACAUUAUUUACAAGUGCUUUUUUAAAUCAUUUUUUUUUGCUCUGAAUGUGCAUUAGGUUAAUUUUGACAUGAUAAAGUCUGGAUGUGAAUUUAGUGAUCCAAAGAGAAAGUACUUUUAAAGCUUGAUUACUUUAUUUUCAAAGAUAUGUGAAACUGUAUCCAUUUAGAGUUAUGUAGCAUAUGUACAUUUGAAAAUAUUGCUAAUAAUCUUAUUGGUAAUUAAAAAUAAUUUGCAUAAAA